GCAUCAACGGGAACCUCUCUAAUUAAAUAUAUUUUAUUAUUAUCAUUAUUAUAUUUAUUCCGCAUUUUCAGUUUUUUAUAGGUCUCUCCAGUCUCCACUGCAACCAAAAAACUACCGUCCCCUGUAUCCCAUCUCCCCUCCCCUCCAAUCUCCACAGAAAUCGAGCAGAGCAGUUUCGUAGCUAGAGAGAGAGGGAGAAAGAGAAUCGACGUGCGAGAGCCAUACAAAGAGCAAUCCCUGUCGGUUUACGCUUCUGGAGGCAUAUCGGAGGAAAGAAUCCGGAUCGGGAGCCCGUCCAUCAGACUCGGAGCUCUCCUCUUCGGCGAUCUAGAUCUGCAUCAGGUAAGCGUUCCUCAAUCUCCUCCUUAUCCUCUUCAAUUUGAUGGCGUAUCGGAGGUCUAGAUUAGAUGCAUGUUUACUUUCGUGCUCGAGAUCUAAUUGAGGCCAGAGGAAGGUCCUGCAAUGGUGGCUUCGAGAUUUCGUACAUGUUAAUCCAACAUAUAUCCUCCUUUGUUCGUUGGGCUUUAGCUCCCCCUAAUCACCAGAUUGUCGGUAGGCGUACUCUGUGCCGUGUUUCUAAGAUGUACCGUAGAUUUGCGCGCUUCGGGUUUUCGCUUAUGUGCGUUGUGUCUAAUCCAUCUAUUUUACAAUGGAAAUGAAUUCGAGCGGUGGUUGCGAAUGCUUUGCUUUGCAUGUCUAGGGAGAAAAUGGAGUCGGUGCACUAGAAAUGUUGCAAUGAUGAAUGUAGCUGUUGUUGAUUUUUGGAAUGGAUCUCUUGAUAUGAACGUCUAUAGAUAUUAUCUGUACUCAUCGAAGGAUCUGGUCUCAAUCCAGUGGUUUUGCAGUUGGGAUAUCGGAAGAGAUGAGGAUGCCCAAGAUGCACUGGGCUUUCCUUUUUGUGGUUCUCUUGGCACAUUCCUGCAAUGGAUUCUACCUCCCUGGUAGCUACAUGCACACCUAUUCAACCGGGGACAAUAUAUUUACCAAAGUCAAUUCAUUAACUUCAAUUGAGACGGAGCUUCCAUUCAGCUACUACAGUCUUCCUUACUGCAAGCCAGAUGAGGGGAUCAAGAAAAGUGCAGAGAAUCUUGGGGAGCUUCUCAUGGGAGAUCAGAUCGACAACUCGCCCUAUAGGUUUCGAAUGAAUGUCAAUGAAUCUAUUUUCCUCUGCACUACACCUCCAUUGAGUGAGCAUGAGGUAAAGCUACUGAAACAGAGAACUCGAGAUCUCUACCAAGUGAACAUGAUUCUGGAUAAUCUGCCUGUGAUGAGGUAUGCUACUCAAAAUGGAAUCAAGAUCCAGUGGACCGGGUUUCCAGUUGGGUACACCCCACAGAACAGCAAUGAAGAUUACAUAAUCAAUCACCUCAAGUUCACUGUUUUGGUUCACGAGUAUGAAGGCAGAGGGGUGGAGAUAAUUGGUACUGGUGAAGAAGGGAUGGGUGUGAUUUCUGAAGGAGAUAAGAAGGCUGCUUCUGGGUAUGAAAUAGUCGGCUUCGAAGUUGUGCCGUGUAGUGUUAAGUACGAUGUCGAAACUAUGAUCAAGCUUCACAAGUAUGACAACAUCACUACCCCAAGCUGCCCGUUGGAGCUUGAGAAGUCCCAAAUCAUAAGGGAACAAGAAAGGGUAUCCUUCACUUAUGACGUUGAGUUCGUGAAAUCUGAUAUCAGAUGGCCGUCUCGUUGGGAUGCUUACUUGAAAAUGGAAGGUGCCAGAGUUCACUGGUUCUCGAUCCUAAACUCGCUCAUGGUUAUCUUCUUCUUGGCGGGUAUUGUGUUUGUAAUAUUCUUGAGAACCGUGAGGAGGGAUUUGACUAGGUAUGAGGAGCUGGAUAAGGAAGCUCAAGCCCAGAUGAAUGAGGAACUUUCCGGGUGGAAGCUUGUUGUUGGUGAUGUGUUCAGAGAACCUGAGCACUCGAAGCUUCUUUGUGUGAUGAUUGGAGAUGGAGUCCAAAUUACUGGGAUGGCAGCUGUGACCAUAGUUUUCGCUGCAUUUGGUUUCAUGUCACCCGCUUCUCGAGGAAUGCUACUGACCGGAAUGAUAAUCUUGUACCUAUUCCUUGGUAUUAUUGCAGGGUAUGUGGCAGUUCGGUUAUGGAGAACCGUGAAGGGGACCACCGAGGGAUGGAGAUCUGUUUCAUGGGCGGUUGCAUGUUUCUUCCCUGGAAUAGUCUUCGUCAUCCUCACAGUACUCAACUUCAUUCUAUGGGGAAGCAAGAGCACUGGGGCCAUUCCGAUUUCCUUGUACUUCAUCCUUCUCGCGCUCUGGUUCUGUAUCUCAGUUCCACUAACUCUCCUGGGUGGAUUCUUUGGCACAAAAGCGGAGGCGAUUCAGUACCCUGUGAGAACCAACCAGAUCCCAAGGGAGAUCCCCGCACGAAAGUACCCCUCGUGGCUACUUGUCCUUGGUGCUGGAACUUUACCAUUCGGUACCCUCUUCAUCGAGCUCUUCUUCAUCCUCUCCAGCAUAUGGCUCGGCCGAUUCUACUACGUCUUCGGUUUCCUGCUGAUAGUCCUCAUUCUCCUCAUCGUGGUAUGCGCUGAGGUGUCAGUCGUCCUCACCUACAUGCACCUAUGCGUUGAGGACUGGAGAUGGUGGUGGAAGGCGUUCUACGCCUCAGGAUCUGUAGCUCUCUACGUGUUCCUCUACUCCAUCAACUACUUGGUCUUCGAUCUGCAGAGUCUCAGUGGGCCCGUUUCUGCCAUACUCUACCUUGGAUACUCUCUCAUCAUGGCUAUCGCGAUUAUGCUGUCCACCGGCACUAUCGGGUUCGGGAUGUCGUUCUACUUUGUGCACUAUCUCUUCUCGUCCGUGAAGAUCGAUUAGACAACUUAAGGUACAAUCUUACCUGGAAGAAGAAAAUUUCAGAUUUACCUUUUGAAGUGGGGGAAGGAAAGUUAUACCGUUUUGCACGUUUUACUGAUAAUCUGUAUGGUAGCUUCGAAAACCAUUGUCUCUAGGUACUUGCUACUACAGAGGAUAGAGAUUUAUGUUCGGAUUCGUGAAGCCCUGUUUCUGCAAUUUUUCAUUCUUUUUCUUAUUGGUUAUGUUUUUGAGAUUAGAAGAUGUUAUGAUAGCGUUCUGAGCUUCAUUUUGAAUGUACCUGUUGAUGAUUCUUGUUAUAUUUUUCCAACUGCUGUAGAACUAUUGUAGUUGGGCGGACCUUUUUGUUGUAUUGAUUUUUUAUUAUUAUUUUGUUUCGAUUUUUUCUUCACGGUAGAAGAAAAGGGUUAUACUCAAAGUUUGUGAAAUGGUACUGGAGGAAUAAGGGGUGGUAUUCGGUUUGCCGGUUAACGGUAUAACCGAUGGUAGUUAUACCGUUCCGGUACUUGGUGACAAUAAUGUGGACGUCAGUAUAUACCGACUUCUGCCCGGUUACUAACCGGUCGGUAUACUGUAUAAACUGACUACACAGUACACAACCAGUCUUCACCGUCAAAAGAAACCUCUCCCUGGAGCAACUUCGACUCUCUAGUUCUCUUCUCUCCUCCAAGCUCUUCCCUUCUCUAAUCGCCGCCAACCUCCUCUCUUCCUCCACUAAUCAGAUAACCGAUUAUCGGUAUACAGAUUACCAUUCGGUAAUGGUAGACGGUGACAAUUUCAUACUAAUUGGUAUACCGAUAACCGAUUAUCCCGGUAACUGACCGAUUACCACUUCAAGGAGGUUAUACUAGAAAAGGUAAUGGUAGAGAAUUUUGUAGUAAAAUUGUGAUUUAACUACGGUUCAAAUGUUUCCAACCCCUAAAAUUGCCUACUUAUUUUGUUCUGGUAUCUGGUACUUCCAAUCGGUCAUAUCGAUAAGGUUUCCUAAACAUUCUCUUACUAAUCGGCAUCAACUUUCGAAUAGUUUGUUGAAUGGUUGAGGCUUUGCUUUAUAAUUGGCUUUUUAACGUCUCCGAGCUAUGAUAUCCCUACUAAGUAAUAAGAGGGUUACUCGAAUCUUUUUACAUUUUAUUCGAAUUACAGACUAUAUUUUCCAAUCCAUUCUAUUAUAUAUUCUUGAUAAUUUCUUAUCUGAGUCUAUAUGGGUUCGAUCUUUUACAUACAUAAUUAAAUCUAGCACAUAUAUGUAAUCCAGAUCGUGGAAAUUACAAGUUGACAACAAAUAGCCCACUUUGCUCUGAACUCAUUUCAACUUCCUCCUCAAAAGUUCACGCAUAGACAGUUGUUCCUGGGUAAAACACAUCGGAUAUAACUAAAGUAUUAAAUUGGGAGAGUUAUACCACCGAACUUUAUUAUAUGUGCACCCAGUAUCACUUAAGUUUAUUUUUAAGUGCAUUCCGUUAAAAUUGACAGAAUAUUAUUGGAAUAUUCUAUUUUCUAAAUUUCAGAAUUGGCUAAUUUUUUUUUAUAAAAAUCAUUCCACUUUUCUUAUUGUAAAUAAUCCUUCGAUUUUAUAAAAACAUCAUUUUUUAUAAUUUAAAUGGAAUUCUCUUUUGAAGACUAAACCCAUUUUUGAAUAAGAAAUUUAGAAUCAAUUAUCAUUUUAAGUGGUGCUUCUAAUUGGAUUAUUAGUUUAAAAAGAUCUUCUAAUAUUAAUAUUAUUCUUAUUAUUAUCUUCUAGUAUAUUUAUGAUUCCUUCUUGAUAUUUGUUUAUUAUUUUUACUAAUUUAUCUAUUUUAUUGAAAAUAAAUUCAUUAUCCAUUCUAGUAAUACUAUGUUUAGAAGGUUUUCUAAUUUUAUAUUAAAUAAUAUUUGUUGAAAUAUAGUUUUGGAUGUUUUUAAAAGUUUUAGAUACCAAAAUGUAAUCAAUUUUUUUUGGGUUGGAUGGAAAACUAGAUGAAUACACCUUUUGGAAACUU